GUCAAGAUGGCGACCACUGGCGAAAUCCAGAAAAGUUUGUGGCACGCAUUCAAUGCUUUAGAUGCCCAGCAAACAGGGAUAGUACAAAAAUCACGUCUAAAGGUGUUUACGAACAAUAUUGGGCAUGUGUUUGAUCUGGAGAAGGCAGAGGAACUGCUGGACGACAUAGAAUACUCAACACCAUGGCAGGCCUUGAACUUCACCCAGUUCUACGAGGUCAUCGAAAACAACUUGUUGUUUCAACUCAACGGCAACCUCAGCAGCAGCUCCACAUCUCACAUCUUGGAGCAAAUAGACAAUAUUUGCUGGAUGCUAUGUGAAACAAAAUACUUGAAAAAACCCAACAAUGACACUGGGCAGGUGCAGAAGAUGUACGACAAGGAAAUAUUCAAGUUGGUCAAGGUGUUUAAUUUCUGUGUGGAAGUGAGUGAGGAUGAUGGUAAGGUUAUUUUCCCGCUGACAAUUGACGUGGAAGAGGCACAGCAUGUGUGCUGUAUCAUGUCCCGGGGCCUGGGGCUCUGUCCCGACCGCAAGCGGGAGUUUUCCAGGAAGGGAGAUAAUCCACAGCUAGGUGAUCAGUUGGUGGAUUUUCCUGCUUUUCUUGACGGACUAGAGGCUUGUUUUCAUGAUCUGAGUGCGAUGGACCUUUCUCAAGGGAUACACGAAGUGCAUGACAUGAUUAUUGGAGAUACACUGAAGAAGGGUCACAUGGGCAAAUUUGGCAACCGACUGACCAGUUGGAAGGAGCGAUGGUUUGUGCUGACGGCCCAGGAGUUGAGGUACUUCACGGGGUGUGACGAAAGGGAACUGAAAGGAGCGAUAGAUGUCACCAAGACCUGUAAGGUGGAGCCCCUGCCUGAUAAGAUCGGCACCAAGACCAACCGUUUCAUCCUACACACCUCUGGUAAACAGUAUGAGUUGUCUGCCCCUGAUCUCAAGUCCCGAAAUGAAUGGAUAUCAGCUAUACAGAAGGCCAUUGACCACUCGUACGCCAGUAGGGACGAGACCAUCCAGAGGUUGUCGUGGUGGGAGAGAAGGAAGGAGAGGGCAGCAAGGAGGAAAGAAGCUGAUGAAGAAUCCAAGAGGAGGAAGGAAGAGCAGGAGCUCAUGCUGAAGCAGCAGAAGGAGCUGGAGGAAGAGAAGGAGAGGAACAACAGAGAUCGGCUCCUUCUGGAACAGCAGCUUCAAGAACUGGAGGCAGAGAGACAGGCGAGAGCUGAGAUUGAAGCACAGCUUCGUGAGCAGGCAGCGCUCCGAGAAGCAGAACAGCAGCGGCUUAAAGAGUUAGAGGAGAUACGACAACAGAUGGAGAAGCUCCUUGAGGAGGAACGCCAGGCCAAGCGGGACGAGGAGAUAGUCCGCAACCUACAAGCCAGGAUUCUGGAGGAAGAGUUUGAGAAGAGGACGGAGCUGGAGAAGCUGAAGGACCAGCAGGACCAGCUCCUGGAGGAAGAGCGAAGACAGCGGGCCGGGAUGGAGAAGGCCCGGGUGGAGUCCGAUCACCAGCUCAUCGAGGCCAGGGAUAGGCUGAAGGAGCUGGAGCUGGAGGGGAAGCAGGCAGAGAGUCAGCUGUUGGAAGCUACUAGUAAGCUACGACUUGCCGAGGAGGAGCGGGUCAAGCUGGAGGCAAGGCUGAAAGUGAAGGAAUCUAAAACAAUCGGGCUAGCCAGACCCAUGUGUGUACCUGAUCCCGACCCUUUCACCACACACAGGGGCAAAGGUGCUUUUGUAGAGGCAAACUUCAAGGCUAAGACGGCCCACAUUACACCCACCACUACACAGCUAUAGUGUAGAGAAUGCUUGUCAGGUUAUUGUCAGAGACAUUGGAAAACAUGGUUGUGGGUAGAGUGGCACAUGAGCACUGGAACAUUACAUGGUUAAUACACUUGAUGUAUUCUUGGUUGUCGCUGAUGGAACAUAGGAACACUAUAGAGUUGAGACAUCAGAACACGUUAGACCAAUACACAGUUGUAGACAUCAGAACACUGUAGACCAAAACACACUUGUAGUAGAGACAUCAGAACACGUUAGACCAAUACACAGUUGUAGUAGAGACAUCAGAACACUAUAAACCGAUACACACUUGUAGUUGAGACAUCAGAACACUUGUAGUUCAGACAUCAGAACACUAUAGAACAAUACACAGUUGUAGUUCAGACAUCAGAACACU